AAUCAAACGAUUUUACAUUUUGAUUAGCAAGCAUAUUCAUAAAUCUGCAUUUGCAAUCAAUAUCUGAAAUCAAGUUGUAUGAACUUUGCAAUUCAAUUAGCAAAUCGGUAGUCAGUGAAAACAUCAUAAAAUUUGGUUUGUGAACUUCGCAAUUCAGGAGCUUCAGCUUAGUGUUAGUAUUAUUUGUUGGUUUAAUAAAAAUAGUGUUAGCGCUGAUUCUGUUCAGGUAAUAAUUGUAUUGUUGAAUUUAAAAGAAUUAAUACCUGCUAAUCUCUUGGCUGGUCCUUCUUCAUCCAUGUCCUCUUUUCUAGCACAUUGUUCUGAUUGUAAGAUAAGCUAUAAGGUGCAAUUAAUGUGAUGUUUACUUCUAAUGUUGAUUAGAUGGUGAAUUUGCCAUUGCAGACUAUAUAGUUUGUACAAGUAUCUUCAAACUUUAAUGGCCUUGGUGAUUGUUUCUUACAUAAUUGCAAGUGAAUUUUGUUGUGUUGUGCUGUAGAUUUUAGUUUGUCUUGAAAGGAUUCUGAUCUCGCGGAUAUAUGGCGAGAAAAAUGAGGAAAAUGAUUUGUUGGAUUUGUGAAAAUUCAAACUGUUUUAAUUUUAUCGAGUGUUGAUUGUGAUUAUUGUGACCUUUUUUACUCUGCUAGCAAAAAGCUAAGGAAGAUAGUUUUGUCAAGAAUGCUUCUACAAACUGAUUCGUUUUAAGUAGCAUAUAGCCAACAAGUAAAGUUGGUGUCAUUACAUUCAUCUAAAACAUUAUGUAUGCAUAUUGUUUAUGGUUUGAGAGUACGAAAUGGUGUCCUUCAAUUCAAUUAUGUUCUAACAUUCAAUUAUGUUCUAACAUUGUCCGAAAGCUUGUUUAUGGACUUUUCAGUGCCAUGAUUAUGUACCUAGUUAGUGCAGGUGAACUUUUUAAUCAAGCUAGUGGCUCUAAAACCUGUGAAGGUUGUUCAAAAAAUGAUAAUGUAAUGCUAGGAAAAUAUGAAGGAGCUGAACUGCUGAAGAUACUGCUAAUAAAGAGGAACACUAGGGUUGAAAGUAGUUCAAACGGAAUUGCAGGAAAGGUGAGUUCGAUUUCGCUGACGUUUGAGUCCAGCCAAGUGUAACAAGACGAAAACCACUUCCUGUACGCUCAGGCAUGUUUCUUGACAUGGUUACCAAGGUACCCACUCUUGUUUGUUUCUAAUUUUGUCUGCGAGUGCAUGCUUGUGAGUUGCUUAUCCUCUUUCUUGCUUUAUAAGUGCUCCAGUUCAACAAAUGGUCACUCGCUAACUUGCAUUAAUCAAUGCAAGUGAAUUUAUGCUUAAAUGGUAACUGAUGAUUUUCUCUACUUGGAUUAUG